UUGCAUCAUCGGCAGCUCCAACCAGCUCUUCAACCACCAAGGCAAGCGAAAUGCCGUCGCCAUGGUGCCGCCCCUGAACCCCGUGCUUCGAAGAGAGGUGAUAGCCAUCUACAAAGAGCUGCUCAACCUCGGCAGGGACUACCCCCUGGGCUUCGACUACUUCCGCCCCCGCCUCCAUAAGGCCUUCAUGUCCAACGCCCAUCUCCGAGACGACCAGGAGAUCCGCCGGGGCAUCGCCAGGGCUCAGUUUGUCCAGAAGGAGAUCGAAGCGCUAUACUACCUGAAACGGUACCGAGCCCUCAGGAAACGAUACUCAUCCCCGUGAUGGGAACAUGACAGGGCGAAGUGUCUAGACAGGCGGGAAGCGUAUAAUAGUUCACAAUCCCAACCCACACAUAGAUGAUGCAACAUUAUCACCACAUUAAUAGAAUCCACGCAGAAUAGAUAGCGUCCAGGCUCAUGCAUAGAUCUAUACCGCCGGAACUAGGAAAUGGGCUCACGCUGUGACAAAGCAAGAAUCACGAUAUAAUAAAACGGCAUCUCGCUAAAUUCCUCCACGCCUUCUCAGCCCCAAG